GAGUUUAUCGCAUUUCUCAAGUAUAAUUAUCGUACUCUUGCACUUCACCGUCUAUCUUUCUCAUCCUCGCUCUUCACUUUGGAAAUUUAUACUUGUUUUUUUCCAAUCUCAUCAACAAAUAUACCCAAAUUCUCCCUGUGCCAACACCGUUGUUGUAGUAUCCAACCAACUAAAGUACUAACUAUGCAGAUUUUCUUGGAUUUUCUGCCUUAAAAUCCCCAAAAUUCUUGUUAAAUCAAUGGAGAUUGUGACCGGAGAUCGAUACCUUGAAUCCUUGGUGAAAUUCGUUCAGAAAAACGCAGGCGGAUUACUCGAAGGAACCCUAAUUUUAAAACUGAACCCAGUCGGGCUUCACUAUGUACAAUCGAGAUUGGAAGCGCUUCGUGAACUGGAGAGAUUGAUCGCCGGAGCUCCAGUUGAUUAUCUUCGCGCUUACGUUUCUGAUCUCGGUGAUCACCGCGCUCUGGAGCAGCUUCGGAGGAUCCUAUGUCGUCUUACGUUGUUGAAGAUUGUAUCGGUUCUUCCCCCUUCUUCCAGGGAUCCCACGCCUUUGUCGUUGCUUGGUUUUGGGAGAUUGAAGGUUCUUGAGCUUCGUGGUUGCGAUCUUUCCACAACGGCUGUGAAAGGGUUGCUUGAGUUGAGGAAUACUUUGGAGAAACUUAUUUGUCACAAUUCCACUGAUGCAUUACGUCAUGUGUUUGCAAGUAGAAUUGCUGACAUAAAAGAAUCUCCCCAAUGGAACAGACUAUCGUUUGUAUCCUGUGCAUGUAAUGGUUUGAUUCUAAUGGAUGAGUCAUUGCAGCUCCUUCCAGCUGUUGAAACCCUUGAUCUUAGCCGAAACAAGUUUGCAAAAGUUGAUAAUCUACGAAAGUGCACGAGAUUGACACACCUGGAUCUUGGAUUCAAUCAACUUCGAUCAGUUGCGUCAUUUGGUGAGGUCACAUACCGUAUAUUAAAACUUGUCUUGAGGAAUAACGCAUUGACUACGUUACGAGGGAUCGAGAAUUUGAAAUCUAUUGAAGGACUUGAUGUCUCUUACAACAUUAUCUCUAACUACGUGGAGCUAGAGGUCCUUUCAAGCCUUCCUUCUUUAAAAAAUAUUUGGCUUGAAGGGAAUCCUCUUUGUUGUGCUGGAUGGUAUCGGCCACAAGUUUUCAGCUUUUUCCUAGAUGCUGCACAAGUGAAAUUAGAUGAUAAAGAAAUGAGCUCAAGAGAGUUUUGGAAGAGGCAGAUAAUUAUUGCAAGGAGGCACAGACGGCCUGCAAGCUAUGGAUUCUACUCUCCUGCUAGGGAAGACAAUGAAGCGGAAGGUUUUAUAGAUGGAAAACGGAAGAAACUCUCACGCCUUGCAUGUAUUGAAAGUGAAGAGCCUGGGCUGAGCAUGUUCUUUGAGCAAGAUUCAUUGUCAUGUGAUAAUGAUAUACAAGGUGGAGAGGAGGAUCUUUCUGAUAAUGAAGGUGAGCUAACUUGUUUGAUAAACAGAAUUGAGUUUAUGAAGAAAGAGCGUCCAAAGUUAUGGUUGGAGGAAUUCAAGGAUUGGAUGGAUCAGGGAUCUGAGAAUUGGGUUGAUGAAUAUAAGAAUGACCAGGCUGCGCUACCUUUUAGUAGUAGAAAUUUGGGAGACACAUCUAGUUGGAGACAGAGCGGAGAGAGUUCAAGAUACUUGGAAUAUGUAUCAGACUCAACUAUAAAUUCAGGAGAUUAUAAGAGUGCAACUGCUCAGGAAACUAAUAGUUCUUUUGCAAUCUCUUCUGCUGGCAAUCAUGAUUAUCAUUGGCUUCAUUUUGCUGAUGAAAAUGGGGAAAGGAAACCUCGGAUAAUGCUAAGGGCUUUAGAUGAGGAUCUUUUGUCGUCUAAUUUUCCUAAAGGGAAAAAGUAUCUGCAAAUAGCAGAUAUUAACAUUGCUACUGUUGGUACAAGUGUACAAGAUGGUGAUGAGAUAAAUGCUGGUGUCAGUAGUACAUCAUUGACUGCCAUCAAAAGUAUAAAGGAUUUAUCAUCAUCAUCUGGACACCCAGAAUCGCCUCCACAUUAUGAAGAAGAUAUUCUCAAUCGUCGCCAUUACUUGGAGGAAGAAUUUUUACAGGUGUCUGCUGAGUCCUUUUCUGCUGCUUCAUCUGACAGUAAUACUAGCUGUGAUGAAGCAGAUGGACAUGAAUGCGGCCCAUCAUUCUCCGAAAUUGAGCAAUAUACAGGUGAAGAAAGUUUGGCUCGAAAUAUUAAUUGGAAAUCCAACCUCUUAGUAGGAAAGGGGGACAAUGAACUUCAUCUUCCUGAGGUAGGACGAGAAUGGGGUUCAAUAGAUUCAUUUGCACAGCAACCCACCAGGAUUUUUGCAGACAAUGAUGAAGAUUUCAUGAUUUCCAGCAAGCAAGCUGCUGAUUGUUAUGAAACUAAAGCAUCUAAAAGGAAACCCAGAAAAAGAGUUGUUUCACUGUCAGAUAGCACAAGUUUUUGCGAAGAUGAUAUAAAAAAUGGGGAACAGAAGCAGGAUGUGAAUGAUAUUAAUUGCAUUGAAAGAGCUCGUGAAAAGAUUAAAACAGUACCAGCACAUGUUGAGGCUGGUGGAGUCCUAGCUCACUCAGAGUUGGCAGACUCAAAAGCUGAGGACCACAUUGCAAGUUACUUUAAUUCACUUGUUGCAGAUUCUACCAUUCAUGAGACUUGCAAGCAGUACAUUGUCUGCAAUUGUGUAGUAGGGAGGAAUCCCAUGUGGAGUGAAAGAGAGGUAGCUGUUGUUCUGAGCAGCGAAAGGAAGUUGUAUGUGAUUCUUCUUAAUGACAUGCUUGAUGGGUCAGGUACUAGCUUUAGUUUAUUGACUUCGCACAAGGUUGAAGAUGUGAAUGAGGUUUUGAUAGGAUUGGGACUUCUGGUCUUAUGGGUCUACAUUGAUGAGGAUAAAGCUUAUCUGUUGAUUACAAGGUGCAAAGAGAAAACAAGGCGUUUGCUUUUCAUGAUUGGACUCGUUUCACAUGGAGAAAUAGAUAAAUGUUCUGUUAGGAGUUUGGAUCAGGUUCAGCUGAACUUGUUUGAUAGACAAAUAGGUGGAUUCUUGGGAACUAACGUAUAUCAAUACUGUAUGGUGCUUUUCUUGCACAAAAGUAAUGGAGGCAGCUACUUGUGUUUUUGAUGGAUACUGAGCAAAGUAGGAGGAUUAAAUAGAGGGAACAAGGGAGACAUGAAAAUGAGGGUUUCAACAAGUACUAUCGGAAAAAACAAUGACAAGAAUGUGCAACGCCUGAAUUAAGAACUCAUUUGCUUAAAUAAGGAAACAAAACUUCCAGAAAGGUCCAGUUCCUUUAGUAUUGGUGGGAGUGCGUGCCAAGUAAAGAGAGAGUUCCUUUCUGAUUUCUUCUUUGUUGGACAAUGGCGAACCCAUCUUUUUACAACUUAACAUUUUGCAACAUUUAAAUCUCGACAUAUGUAUUCAUACUAAUGUCAAAAUGAAGUUCCUCCUGUUGCUUGAACCGCUUGGUUUACUGUUUUGAUACUUGCUAGGACGCCGUUGAAUUGCCUAACAUGUGGUUCAUCACUUUCAUCAGGGAACAAGGUUUUAUAUGGGGGAAUAUAUGUGUACAUAUGUCCUUAGUUUUUUGAAUAUUUGGUUUUCACUAUUUGGAGCUUCUGGUUUUUGCACAAAUGAUUAUAUUCUUGCCUCAUUGCGCUUUGGGGAUGAAAGGGAUAUGACAAAUCAUGUUCAAUUCGAGACAACUAUUGCUCAAAUGAGAUUCAACUUCCUUACAUGUCCUAAACAGUACCUUAUGCCACCACGAGUUGCUUUUUUAUGGGAAUGAGAGGACCUAGGAAAGCCUUUGCUGCUGCAAAACGUAGUUGUUUUUGGUGUGGCAUGUGUGUGCACUUAUAGCUUUUAAACCUUUUCAAGUAUGCUUAUAUGAACUUGGUAAUUGGCUAAUUGGACUAGCUCUCUGUUUCUUCCGUUUGAGUUAGUGGUCUUUGUCUUCAGAUUGCCUGAAUUUAAACAAUGCCUGUUUAAUUAUCUUAAUUUUCCACGGUCUGCAUAUCUCACUGCCUUGUU